AUGGUGACACGCUCUCAGAGUGGCUCCCUGCGGCCAGUCGACCGCCUGACAUACACGGCUACACAAGCCGCCGCCUCUCCUGUCCCGGCCAACUAUCACAGCGCGUUGGCUGAUCCCAAUUGGCGCGCUGCCAUGGCCGACGAGUACAAGGAGUUGGUCGACAAUGGCACUUGGCGUCUCGUCUCUCGCCCGCCUAGGGCCAACAUUGCGACGGGCAAAUGGAUCUUCAAGCACAAGUUCCACUCUGACGGCUCCCUUGCCCGCUACAAGGCCCGCUGGGUGGUCCGUGGUUACUCGCAACAACACGGCAUCGACUACGACGAAACAUUUAGCCCAGUUGUCAAGCUGGCCACAAUACGGGUUGUUCUCAGCAUUGCUGCCUCCCGUGCUUGGCCGAUUCAUCAACUGGACGUGAAGAACGCUUUUCUUCAUGGUCACCUCAAGGAGACUGUCUACUGUCAGCAACCCUCUGGGUUUGUUGAUCCUACUGCUCCUGAUGCUGUCUGUCUGUUGCAAAAGUCCCUCUAUGGCCUGAAGCAGGCUCCCCGUGCGUGGUAUCAACGGUUCGCCACGUACAUUCGACAGAUGGGAUUUAUGCCUUCGGCGUCCGAUACAUCUCUCUUUGUUUACAAAGAUGGAGAUCGCAUUGCCUAUCUUCUGUUGUACGUCGACGACAUCAUCCUCACCGCUUCGACCACGACACUACUUCAGCAGCUUACGGCCCGUCUUCACUCCGAGUUUGCCAUGACAGACCUUGGUGACCUCCACUUCUUCCUCGGCAUCUCCGUGAAGCGUUCCCCCGAUGGCCUCUUUCUCUCGCAACGCCAGUACGCCGUGGAUCUUCUUCAACGCGCCGGCAUGGCCGAGUGCCACUCUACCUCGACACCAGUGGACACUCAUGCCAAGCUCUCAGCCACAGAUGGACUGCCUGUAGCCGACCCUUCGGCGUACAGGAGUAUUGCUGGUGCCCUACAGUACCUUACGCUGACUCGACCGGAUUUGGCAUAUGCCGUUCAGCAGGUCUGCCUCUUCAUGCAUGAUCCGCGAGAGCCUCAUCUUGCCUUGGUCAAGCGUAUCCUCCGGUACGUGAAGGGUAGUCUCUCCAUCGGCCUCCACAUCGGCUCCGGCCCGAUUCAAUCCCUGACAGCAUACUCCGAUGCAGAUUGGGCGGGUUGUCCCAAUUCUCGUCGUUCUACGUCCGGCUACUGUGUUUACCUUGGAGACAAUUUGGUUUCUUGGUCCUCCAAACGCCAAACUACUGUCUCCCGUUCCAGUGCUGAGGCAGAGUACCGUGCGGUUGCCCAUGCCGUCGCCGAGUGCUGCUGGUUGCGCCAAUCCAGUGCAUCAUCGUCGGACGAAGCAUAUUGA